CGUGGAGAAGAAGCGAGAGCGCGAGGGCCCUGAGGCGGAGCCCCUCGGGUUCCUUCUUGUCUCAGUGCCUCGAAAGAAGAGGAAGGGAGGCGUCUCGGGAAGAGAAGAAGGGGCUUCGGCAACCGAGUCAGACAGUUUUCAAAAAGAUGAAGAUAAGCUGGUCUGCCUAUGACACAUAUGAAGCUAACUUCAGACCUUUGGUAGUAGUUGAGCUUGCAAAAGAUACCAAAGAUGAAACUAAAGAAUGGUUGACCAAGAAGAUCGUGGACAAGAAGAAAAAUGGAGGAGCCCAACUUUUGGUUAAACCAUUGACCCAAGAUGGGAAACAAAUGGACGGAAACAGUAAUAUCUAUCUUGUUGGAGCAUCUCACAUAAGGCUACUUCUCGGAGCUGAAACGGUGGGAUUGGUGAAAGAAUGUAAGGAUAAUACAAUGAGAGCCUUUACCUAUACCUCUAGAAAAACUUUCAAAGAUUUUGCAGAAGACAAUCAUGAUUUUCUUACAAUGGCAGAAUGUCAAUACAUUAUCAAACAUGAACUCGAAAACCUGAGAGCCAAAGAUGAAACAAUGAUCCCUGGCUAUCCACAGGCAAAACUUUAUCCAGGAAAGUCAAUUAUGCGAAGGCUAAUGACUAAUAGUAUUCUAAUUCAGAUUUUUCCACUUCAUGACACAGAUGAAUUAAAGAAACUUAGUCACACCUGGUAUAAACGAAUGAAAUUUGGUUAUCAGCCUUUAGAUGAAAUUCGCUGCUAUUUUGGGGAAACAAUUUCUUUGUAUUUUGCAUUUUUGGAGUAUAUCACGUUUGCCUUGAUUCCAAUGGCUGUCAUUGGAAUUCCUUAUUAUAUCUUUGAUUGGGAAGAUUAUGACAAGUACGUGCUGUUUGCAGGAUUCAAUCUGGUUUGGUCUACUGUUAUCCUUGAACUUUGGAAGCGGUGUUGUGCUGUUAUGGCCUAUCGAUGGGGGACUCUGUUGAUGAAGCGACAAUUUGAGGAACCCAGACCAGGGUUUCAUGGGGUGUUAGGUAUCAACCCUGUGACUGGGAGAGAGGAGCCAGUAUACUCUAGCUUCAAGAGACAGUUGCGUAUUUAUUUAGUCUCCUUACCAUUUGUGUGCCUUUGCCUAUACUUUUCACUUUACGUCAUGAUGAUUUACUUUGACUUGGAAUACCAGGCACAUUUAUAUCAUGAAGAAAACAAAUCUGACCUAAGCAGUUUGAUAUUAUAUGUGCCCAGCAUAAUUUAUGCUAUUGUGAUUGAAGUUCUGAACCGCCUGUAUAGAUAUGCAGCAGAAUUCUUAACCUCAUGGGAAAACCACAGAUUGGAGUCUUCAUAUCAGAAUCAUUUAGUUCUGAAAGUCUUGGUGUUCAACUUUCUAAACUGCUUCGCCUCUUUAUUCUACAUUGCCUUUGUCUUGUUUGACAUGAAGCUUUUGAGACAGAGCUUGGCAACAUUGCUGAUAACUUCACAAAUCCUUAAUCAAUGUGUAGAAGCUGUACUGCCUUAUUGGCUCCAAAAGAGACGAAAUAAGAGGGCCAAGAAAAAGAUAAAAGAAUUGGAGAACGAUGCUGACCUGUCUUUAUUUGAGCAAGUUAACCUGGAAAAAGGAAUGGAUACCUAUUUGGGAACUUUUGAUGACUAUUUGGAGUUGUUCUUACAGUUUGGCUAUGUGAGCCUUUUUUCAUGUGUCUACCCUCUGGCAGCUGUUUUUGCCGUGCUUAACAACGUCACAGAAAUGUAUUCUGAUGCCUUAAAAAUGUGCAGAAUCUUUAAACGCCCAUUUGCAGAGCCCACUGCAAAUAUAGGUGUAUGGCAGUUGGCUUUUCAAACUAUGACUGUCAUAUCAGUAGUUACCAAUUGUGUCCUGAUCGGCAUGUCACCCCAAGUAAAUGCUCUUUUCCCAGACUCAAAAGUAGAACUUGUACUGAUCGUGGUAUUGGCUGAGCAUUUGGCUCUAGCUCUGAAGUUUCUUAUGUCAUAUGUGAUUGCUGAUAAACCACGAGACAUACAAAUCAAAUUGGCAAGGCUAGAGUUUGAAUCUCUGGAAGCACUCAAGCAGCAGCAAAUGAAGUUGGCAGUAGAGUCCAUAAAAGAAGAAACUUCCUAGGACGACUAAACCAAGCAACUUCAGAAGAAGAAAGAAAUAUAUAAGUAUUAACAGCAAGAAAUGCCAAUGUUUUCCCUUGAUUCCAAUACUCCAUGCUGCAGCAUUUUCAUAUCCUUAUUCACCACUAAAAGCCUCACUGAAAGAAAAAACCCACCCACCGUGCAUACCUUACAAAAUAUAGAGCCCAGUUGAAGCCUGUGCCAUAUCUGGUUAUAAUUGAAUGCUUCCAACAUAAUACAAAUGUCCUUUAAGGAUACCAAUAUUAAUCAUAAUUCCUUAAUCUUAAAGUGCAACUUUUAAGAGAAUUCUGGAGGCAAUACAGCUUUGUAUUCCCCAUGGCAUUCAAUUUUUUAAAUCUUUUUUUAAUACCAGAAUAUUUAGCCAACUCUUAUUAGAAAUUUCUCUGCAUUUAAGAAAUUUAUAUAAAAUGUGAUGUAUACAUUUCUCCCAUAGGACCAAUCUAGUACAAGAUGGGGCUGGGGGGGGGGUUAUAACAAAGAUAUUUGUAUUAUAUUAGAUUGUUUGUUACAAUACUUUAAAACUUGUGCACUCCAUUUAGAAUCUGGAAAAGGAAGCAUUUGGCAUGAAAUGAAGCUUACCCAUCUUGAUCCAGUCCCUAUGAAAUGUACCAAUUAAGCUGUACUUGUAUGGUAUUUCUGCUGAACAUUAAGUUCCACGUUGCUGCAUUGCUAAACAGAGGCCGUGUUAAAUAAGAGUUUUAUCUAUCUAGCAAGAAAAUCAUUAAAACGUUUAAUCAUUGUGAA